CAAUUCCGCCUUCCGAACAACCUGUCGCUAACACUCUUGGAGUCAACGUUCAAGGUUUCCAUGUGCCGGCACGUGUCAACCACCACAUUCAACAUGGAAAUAUUUCAGAAAUGUAUUCUCUGAUUUCAUGUGUACCUACUUACAUAAGUACCUACUAUGUAUGUAGCUAUCCUCUCCUUGUAGGGUAAUGAUAAGCAUCAAUCAUCAUCAUCAUCAUCAUCAUCAUCAUCUUGUACAUACAUGUACAUGUGCAUGCAUGUAUGCAGUAGCUGGUCACCGCUAUUGAACUCGGCGUCUGCCAGCCAUUCUGUCUGUACAUAGUAGACGUCCAAAACUUUACUACCUAGGUAUUCUUGGCUGGCAAAUCACACGGUAAUGAUACGAUGGAUGGAUCGCGGUGGAUGCUUUCCAGAUGCCGAGCGGGAGCCGUCGCCGUCGUUUGCGCUAAACUUCCGAAGGUGGAAUAUUCCCAUCCCAACCCCAUCCCAGUCCAGCCCAGGCACUCCACUCCACCGCGCCGCCCACUCUCCUCCGCCCCUUCGUCCCGCCAUCCAUCCUUUGCUUCCUCCUCUUUGCUCUACUUCACUUUGCUGUGCCCUGCCCCGCUCUGCUUUGCUCUGCUUUGCUCUGCACUGUCUGCAUCCCUUCGCCAUCCUAAUUGUCGUGGCUGUUGAUCCAGGAACAGGUAAAUCAUCAUGCCCCUCCUCCUCCUUCCUUCCUUCCUUCCUUCCUUUCCCCGACCAGCCUUCUCAUCUUCUUACCACCGCAGGACACACUCGUCGUCUGAUCUCUUCCCCGGUCCCGGCCCCGCUUCACCUGCUCUCCAGCCGCAGCUGCAUCCUCCACCAUGGCGCAACUGGACACGCUCGACCUUCUUGUACUCGCCGCCCUUCUCGCCGGCACCAUUGCUUAUUUCACAAAGGGCACCUACUGGGCUGUUUACGGGGAUCCCUAUGCCAGCUCUCUGGCCAACGGCAACGGUGCCGCCAAGGCCCAAAAGUCUCGCAACAUUCUUGAGAAGCUGGACGAGUCGGACAAGAACUGCGUCGUCUUCUAUGGCAGCCAAACCGGCACCGCCGAGGACUAUGCCUCCCGCCUGGCCAAGGAGGGCUCCUCGCGCUUCGGCCUAAAGACCAUGGUGGCGGAUUUGGAGGACUACGAUUACGACAACCUUGACCAGUUCCCCGACGACAAGCUCGCCGUCUUCGUUUUGGCCACGUAUGGUGAAGGUGAGCCCACCGACAACGCCGUCGAGUUCUACGAAUUCUUCGGCUCCGACGAUGUGUCCUUCAGCGAGGGUGGCAGCGCCCAAGACAAGCCCUUGUCCAGCCUCAAGUAUGUCGCUUUUGGUCUAGGAAACAACACGUAUGAACACUACAACUCCAUGGUCCGCAAUGUCGACAAGUAUCUGACCAAGCUCGGUGCCACGCGUCUCGGCGCUGCCGGUGAGGGUGACGAUGGCGCCGGUACCAUGGAGGAAGACUUCCUCGCCUGGAAGGAGCCCAUGUGGCAGGCCGUGUGUGAGAGCAUGGGCCUGGAGGAGCGCGAAGCCGUCUAUGAAGCCGUGUUCGAGAUUUCCGAGAAGCCCGAUCUGAGCGCAGAAGACGCCACCGUCUACCUGGGCGAGCCCAACAAGAACCAUCUCGAAGGCACCCAAAAGGGACCCUACAACGCCAAUAACCCCUUCAUCGCCCCCAUACUCGAAUCCAAGGAGAUAUUCACGACCCCCAGCCGCAACUGCCUACACAUGGAAAUUGGUAUCCAGGGCUCCAACCUGUCCUACACCACCGGUGAUCAUAUCGCUGUCUGGCCCACCAAUGCUGGCAAGGAGGUCGAUCGUUUCCUCAACAUCUUGGGCCUCGGCCCCAAACGACACACGGUCAUUGCUGUCAAGGGUCUAGAUUCCACCGCCAAAGUCCCUUUCCCGUCCCCCACCACAUACGACGCCGCCGUGCGCUAUCACAUGGAAAUUUCUGCCCCCGUUUCGCGCCAGAACGUGUCUACCAUUGCCCAGUUCGCCGCCAAUGAUGAGAUCAAGGCCGAGAUGAUCAAGCUAGGAAACGACAAGGAUUACUUCCACGAAAAGGUCACCGACCGUAAUCUCAACCUUGCGCAGCUCCUCGAAAUCGUGUCCAAUGGCCAGCCAUGGUCUAAGAUUCCCUUUUCGCUCAUGAUUGAAAGUCUGCUCAAAAUUCAACCUCGCUACUACUCCAUCUCAUCUUCCUCGUUUGUCCAAAAGGACAAGAUUGCCAUUACCGCCGUUGUGGAGUCGACCGAGAAGGUUGGCGCUCCUCAUAUCGUUAAGGGUGUGACCACCAAUUACCUCUUGGCUCUGAAGCAGAAGCAGCAUGGCGAGCCCAACCCGGAUCCCCAUGGGCUCGAGUAUUCCAUCACCGGCCCCCGUAACAAGUAUGAUGGCAUUCACGUACCAGUCCACGUCCGUCACUCCAACUUCAAACUUCCCUCCGACCCUUCCAAGCCCAUCAUCAUGGUCGGUCCUGGUACUGGUGUUGCGCCAUUCCGCGCAUUUGUGCAAGAGCGAGCUGCGCAAGCCAAGGCCGGCCAGAACGUGGGCAAGACAGUCUUGUUUUUUGGCUGCAGGAAAGCUUCGGAGGAUUUUCUGUACCAGCACGAGUGGGACCAAUACAAGGAAGCUCUCGGUGACAACUUUGUGAUGCACACGGCAUUUUCCCGCGACGGACCGAAGAAGGUAUACGUACAGCACAAGAUGGAGGAGUACGGCGAAGAGCUCAACAAGCUUCUGGAGCAGAAGGCGUACUUUUAUGUGUGCGGUGACGCCGCGCACAUGGCGCGUGAGGUGAAUACGCUUCUCGGCAAGGUCAUCGCCAAGUACCGCGACGUCCCGGAAACCAAGGGCGAGUCCAUUGUCAAGGCGAUGCGAGCAUCAAACCAGUAUCAAGAAGACGUAUGGUCUUGA